GACUAUUUGUUUCAGCUUCCCUGAGUGAUGGAUGGAGACAUAGUCGUUGCCUCUUUGGUGCCCUCUGGGAAGACACUAAAUUCUAGCAUGACCCUGGAACAAAAAACUUUUUCCUUUGUGAUUUUCCUAUUUAUUUUCUUGAGAAUCCUGAUUUUUGCUCCUUGAAUUCUCCUUGACCCGUACCAGAGUAUGCCAACCACAGCCUGGGCAGUUGGACUUGAUGGUCUGGAGACAGGACAGUUUGACUAUGCUCUUGCCUGGAGACUGAGAAUUAUGGAGGCUUAUUUAGCACUCUGA